AAUGAUAUUAUUCGAAUGAUGAAGGCACUGUCUGAAUUGACAGCAUUGAUGGAAGUACUGUUCAAUCUAAUUCUGUGUAGGAUAGGAAGAUCACGAUUACAGAAACUUUUAGCACAACUGAGGAACUUUCUCAAACAUGCUGAGUUACAUGAGAGGCAUAUUAUACAGAAAUAUAUAAAUCGUUAUUCGGGCUUCUACGCCUUUGUUGGAAUAUCUUAUAUCCUGGCAGCCAUCACUUUUUCCUUUGGCCCUUUGUUCUUAUCGAUAAACCUCCCAAUGGAAGCAUGGUAUCCAUUUUCUACCAAUACUCCCUACACUAGAGGUAUUCUUUAUAUUUUACAAGUAUUCGCCAUUUUGCAAACUGGAUUUUGUAUCACGGUGGAUUUCAUGAUUGCAAUGUUCUUCUGGUAUUCGGCUGCGAGGCUGGAAAUGCUGGGACAAGAAUUUCAACAAAUAACACACGAAAGUCAUAUAAAAAAUUGUAUUCAAAAACAUCAAGAAAUAAUAAUUUUUGUAGAGGAAGUUCAGUAUACAGUUCAAUAUUUAAUUUGCAAAUCAAAUAUUACAAUGGCCAGUGCCGUAAUUUGCGGAGCUUUUCCCUUGGUUCAUAAACAACCUCUGGCUGUAACGGCACAAUUCAUCUGCAUGGUAUUGGGUGGAUGUGAGAGACUUUAUAUUACGGCUUGGCCGGCAGAUGAUUUAGCAGAAAUGAGUCAACAAAUUGCUUGGUCUGCAUAUAAUAUACCAUGGUUCGAAAAAUCUCGUAAAACAAUCACUAAUAUAUCUAUUUUUAUACAAAGAAGCCAGAAACCACUUUUGAUAUCUAUGGGCAGUAUGUUUCCAGUGCUAUCAGUGCAAUAUUAUGCUAACUUCCUAAAAACUAUUUCAUCCUAUUUUAUGACGAUGAGAGCUGUAAUUGCCGAAUAAAGCAGUGAUCUGUCUAAACGCUAUAUUUUG